AUGAGGCGCUAUGCUUUACCAGAUACUGUGACAAAUCGCCCGAUCAUCCCAAGACUGGUUAGGGAUGAUAUUGGAGUCACAGCCAUCCCAAGUGUACACGCAAAGUCUUUGUCCUCAGCCGCGACUGUGAAAGAAAAGACGGAGGCCCAAUCGAGCCGAGAUCGAAGAAUGUCUCUUAAGAGCGCAAAGAGCCGAAUGGCAUCUAUACAAGAAGAACAGGAGCCAAAACAAAAUGGCGAUGCAGAGUGUUGUACUAUUGAGGCUGUAGCUGAAUCUGGAUUUGAUGCGGAAAUCUCAGGAAAUGUAAGAAAAAGAAACAAGGCCUUGAAUAAUUUUCGUACUAGUAUCUUUCAUGGAUCUAUCAUAUUUAUAUAA